ACUAAUAGGUUAAUACCAAAGCCAACCAUGACGGUUCAUUUUUAAAGGACCACCCCUUCUCUCUUCACCCUCCCCAGUUUUCUUUUCUUCCCAUCUCUCUCUCUCUCUCUCUCUCCCCGGCAGCCACUUUCUAUGUCUUAAAUUAAAACAACAUCCUCAGCUUCAACGGUAAAAUAACAAAAACCAUAUAGAUAGAUAUAGAUAUAGUUUUUUUAUCUAGCAAGCAAAACGUCUCAAGGUUUUAGCCAUGGAGGGUAGGUUCAUCAACAACCCAUUUAUGAGUAGUGAGCAAGAUGAGAAUGACAGCAUCCCAGAAAACGCUGCUGAAUCCCCUCCUUCUACUUACUUUAACGACAUGAUGAAGAUCACUACUUCCUCUUCUUCUUCUUCUUCGUCCCCAAGAAAAAGUAAGCGGGCAAUUCAGAAAAGAGUGGUGUCAGUGCCAAUCAAAGACGUUGAAGGGUCCCGCCAGAAAAGUGAGAGCAAUACUCCACCGUCUGAUUCUUGGGCUUGGAGGAAGUACGGUCAGAAACCCAUCAAAGGUUCCCCAUAUCCUAGGGGUUACUAUAGGUGCAGUAGUUCAAAGGGCUGCCCAGCUAGAAAACAAGUAGAGAGGAGUCGGAUGGAGCCCACUAUGCUACAAGUCACAUACUCUUCCGAACACAACCACCCUUGGCCAGCUUCUAGAAACCAUCAUAACAAUCAUAGCAAUAGCAAUAGCAACAACCACCCAACGGUAGUCAAGACCGAAAAGCGCGAAACUGUGACGAGUCAGCCCGACCCGGAACCCGUACACGGAGAAAGAUUCGCGGAUCUAGGCAACGACGACGCGUCGUCGUUAAUCACGACGAGCGACGAGUUCAGGUGGUUCAGCGACAUGGAAACGACGUCGUCUACAAUACUCGAGAGCCCGAUUUUCGCGGAGAGGAGCGCGGGAGAUUCUGACGUGGCGAUGUUUUUCCCGAUGGGAGAGGAGGAUGAGUCGCUAUACGCUGACCUCGGCGAGUUGCCGGAGUGCUCCGUUGUUUUCCGCGGCAUGGGACCUAGAGUCGAGAUUUUUUGACACGUGUCCUCUUCGGCGGUUCGGAUAGUUUGUCACCUGUAUGUGCAUAUCGUGCGCAUCCAGAUAACAUUUUUUUUUUUUUUUUUUUUUUAUCUUUCCCUUUUUUUUUUCUUGUUUAAAAAAAAAAAAAUUGCCUCGAUUUCAGCGUAGUAAAUGAAUAAAGUCUAGUUUUGGUUC